AUGAGGACCUUUCGUAGUGGUCUUGCUCCUUUAAUUGUCAAUCUUGUGGUAGCCAUCGUGGCAAUCGUCCUUUUAUGUUUCUACUCAUAUCCGAAUCCCCCAAAACUAUCUAUAGAGGAAUUCUCAGUUCCAGCCUUCAACAACUCGUCAAACCAUACAACCGGAAACAUCUAUUUUGACCUUAAACUAAGAAAUAUGAAUAAGGCAAUCGGUCUUUACUACGAUGACCCAUUAAGCAUCGCCUUCUUUUACUACCCAUAUGAUGAACCCUACCAGAAAUAUGCGUGGGCAGGCACUCUGGCAGCCUUUUACCAAGGCAAUGGCAAGACUAAUCAUAUCAGAUCCCUCAAGGGGAAUGACCUCGAACUUCCAUCUACGGUGGUGGUUGACACAGAAGAGGACACUCAUGAUCUUGUAGAGACUGAUCAUGGGAGAACGCUGCUCAAGGAUCACCUCCAGCUGCCAUCUACGUUGGCAGAGACUCGUAAGGAGAUGGUGGGUCGGAUACUGGAGGUGAAUAUAAGGAUAGCUGUUGUUAUUAACUAUAGAUUCAAGUACUGGGUCGGAUCAUCUAAGCAUCAACUCAAGCUGGGUGCUAACGUGGUCGUUGAUAAUAACACUGGUGAGAAGGUUUCGCCUGGAAGCAUUGAGUUGGUAGAAUCUGCAGCCUCCGCCGGAGGACAAGUUAUGGUCGUCGGACUUUUUACUUCAUUUGUUCUUGUUAUUUGUUUUUAA